UGCUAAAAAGUGACGAACAAAACAUAUAUUAUUUAUAAUAAUGUGGUCAUGAUAACAAUGUUUUCGAUAGGAAGGAGACAUGUUUAUUAUUUAGUUUUCUUCUCUUCUUAAAAACUAGAAAAAGUAGAAAGUCCCCUUACCGCAUUUAUUUAUUUAUCGUGGCUUCGAAUUUAGAUUAUUGAUGUGAUCAUAUCAGUUAAGUAAUAACCGUAGCUACCUGAUUAUGAUGCUAUCAAUGUUUUCAUUUCCUACAUUUUCUGCUAAAUGAUAACAUCGACUGACGAAUGUUGACUGUUGAGACUUGAGUGUCAUAAAUUCAUAAUAGAUAAUAAUAACUAUUUUACAUAACAUAAUAGCUAUAAUGAAUCUUAUUAUUUACCAAUUAUUAUCAUUAUGAUAAUAACGGUAAUAAAAUAUACCAACGUAGUAUUUAAAUUUAAAAUUUUAAUUAUUGAUGAUCCACUUCAAGCGGGUAUUCUAAUUUUGAAUAGUUAAUUUACUUGGAUGAAUUUCGAUUUUCCUAUUUAGUGUUAUUCAUUACUUGUAUAAAUUAAAACUCUAGUUUAAUCAUAUAUUAAGAUGUAUCCACCAACGUACAAUGAUACAAGAAAAAGAUGAUCAUGGACAUUAACGAUCAAAUGAUAAUUUAUCCGAAUAAAGGGGUCGAUCCACAUAAUCGAUGCUGUGGUGGAUCCUUAUGGUGUAUACAAGAUAUAUGUGGGAUUAUAUGUGCAAUAUUUACAUGGUUAUUGAUACUGUAUGCUGAGUUUGUUGUCACUUUUGUUACUCUUCUACCAUGUCCAUAUCCAAUUUUUCAAUUUAUAAAUAUGGUGAUAUUUCAAAGUUUAGCGUUCCUUGCUAUGGCAUCACAUUUACGUACAAUGUUCACUGAUCCAGGUGCUGUACCUAAAGGAAAUGCAACUAAGGAAAUGAUACAACAUUUAGGAUUACGUGAAGGUCAAGUCAUAUAUAAAUGUCCAAAAUGCUGCUGUAUUAAACCAACAAGAGCUCAUCAUUGUUCAGUUUGUCAAAGAUGUAUUCGAAAAAUGGAUCAUCAUUGUCCUUGGGUUAACAAUUGUGUUGGAGAAAAAAACCAAAAAUUCUUCGUACUUUUUACGUUGUACAUUGCUGCUAUGUCUUUGCACGCAUUAUACUUAUGUGUCAGCCAAUUUGUUUGGUGUCUACAUUCCGAGUGGAAGCAAUGUUCUUGGUAUACUCCUCCUGCUACAGUAGUAUUUUUAAUAUUUUUAGGGUUUGAAGCAUUACUAUUUGCAAUUUUCACUAUGGUCAUGUUUGUCACGCAACUUCAGGCCAUAUGCUCUGACGAAACGGGUAUUGAACAAUUGAAAAAAGAAGAAGCACGAUGGAUGAAGAAAUCAAAAUGGAAAAGUUUACAAUCAGUAUUUGGUAGGGUAUCAGUCACAUGGCUUUCGCCGUUUUCUCGACCGGCACCUAAAAUAAAAGUAGAUAACUAUCUACACGUCUAGUAUAACACUGAAGAGCAGUACAAUUUUGCUAAGAACUAUGAACUCUUUAACAUAGUUUUAUUUUAAAAUCUCAUAAUUUUGUAUUAUUUUACAUUACAACUAGUGGACUUGAAUAAAUAAAAUCAAGCAAAUCCUUUUUUUAUACUAAAUGACAAACUAUAUUUAUAUGUCAGAAAGUGUUUUUUUUUAAUUGUAUAAAAACAAUUAUUUUUUAAUCUCUCAAAAUGGAGUUAU